GCUUAUCGAAGAGCUCCUCACCCCCUUCUAAUUUGGAAGAACGUUGCAACACUCUCCUCAACUCAAGCUCGAAGGUCUCUCUCAAGUAACGUAGAAAGGGACCCUGAUGUUGGAAGAACCGUCGGGUCGACUGACGAUACGGUUCUCGAAGUUUACGACUUCCCCACUGAGAAGCAAUUUGAGGAAGAUCCCGAGUUUGAUUAUGUUUCACAAUCCACCAACGAUUGCAAAUAUCCAUUCAUCAGUGCAACUAGGUCGUCGGAUGGAGUAUUUAGCAUCACGGAAUUAGUCAAAUUUCUUGCUGCUGAGAACGUCUCAAAUGUUGUGGUUAUUAGUUUACCAGAAUAUGCGCACUAUGGAGAGUUCAUGGUUGUCGCAUCCGCAAAAUCCAGGAAACACAUAUCUCAGGUCUCAGAUGUUUUGCGUAGAUUAUUCAAAAUAAAACGCUCUCCCUCUGACCCCAUGCCGUCUCUCGAGGGCCUCAAAGAGCAAUCGGAUUGGGUUGCUGUUGACCUCGGCAAUAUCCUUUUGCACUUGUUCGCGACCCCAGAACUUCGACAGAAGUACGACCUUGAGUCUUUGUGGGGAGCUGGUCCCGAUUUUGACGAGCAGGCCCAAGGCCUGGAUGCCUCCGAAAGAGAGUCCACCUAUUCUUCUCACGCAGAACUCACACAAGCCGAUUGGGAACGCAUUGUCGAGGACAUCAUUCAACAAACAACGUCCCCGUAA